AUGGCAUCCGGCUUUGCUUACCGGAUCGAGAACCCGAUCAGCAAGGUCUUUGGGUUUUCCAAGUAUCAGAAGCCACAACCCCCGCAGCCAACAGUUGAGAAUGUCUUGUCAAAGGACAACAGACAAUCAAAUGCUGGUCUCAAUCUCUUUAUUGGUUAUUUUCUUCCCCUUGAACUUAUCCAUCACAUCCUUCUCUAUUUGGACGUGGCUAGCCUGGGCAACCUGCUUCUGGUCGAUGCAGUAUCAAAAUCUCAAGUUCUAUCACUCCGUCCCUAUCGAUGCGUCUCUCACCAUUACACCACUGAACAGCUCUAUGACGAGUUUACCCAACCUUUGUGUCGAACUUGCCAUGAUUUCGGACCAUACCUCCACCUUCCAACACUCAAGCGCUGCUGUUACAACUGCAAUUAUCACAAUCCAUUGUACAGGAUCGCCCGCAUGAAGGACAUCUGUUUUUACUUCGAUCUGAAGGAGACAGACCUUGGGGAUAUUCCGAUUGUCCACAGUGUGUGGGAACCUGGGGUCCGUCUGGCAAGCGUCUCCCAGAGUGAUGCGAUAGCUGUGCUACUCCACGGGCUCGAAGGAUCACAGAGCAAAACACAUGAAGCACGUCGUACCAUGAAGAGAGAAUUUGCGACUUUCUCGGAAUGGGAACCCCGGAGGUCUACAUCUAUUAGACGUCCGCUCGCUCGUCCUCCACUCAAUCCUCGUCCGAGCGUGACUGUUUGGUAUGAAGGCGACUGCCACCAAUUACAAUUCAUGGCUACCGCUCCAUUCCCUUAUUGGGAUAAUGAAACCAAAACCUUAUCUGAUGAAGAUGAGUGUUACAGUAGGCGGGCUUAUCAUCGGUCGUAUCAAGAGGUGGAUCUUCCGGAGCACUUUCGAACGUGUGCUGCCCUUAUUGCCUCUUGGCAACCGAGACGGGCUUAUUCCCGUGUUCGCCGUGGCGACGAGUACAGCUGUCAAAACGUGGAGAAUCAAUUCUGGGUUGAAUACCCGGAGCCCAACUAUGAACCUCGACGGGCGCUCUCUCCUGAUCCUAAUUUCAUCUUCGAAGACCCAUUCAGAGGAGGCAUGAGACGAUGUCACCGCCAUGAAAUUCGAACACGCAAACCAUAG